UUUUUUCAUGGUAUUCCACCGUCAAUGGUGGAUCUCUACAAAGGAGUCAAAAAAGAAAAAAUUGUUCUUGCAGCACCAUUUUCAAACAAAAGCGGCUAAAUAUGCGGGUGUAACAUGAGCUUUAAAGUGCCUGCUAAUGAUAUCUCCUCAAUUUUUGCUUCUUUUCUCCUUUUUCUGGAAACAAUACCUUAUAUUCUUAUGAAGUCCCAUGACAAGCCCUGAACCCUUAAUAUCAUUGACCAAAACAUGAUUAAUAGUUUAAUAGGAUUUGUUUACUGGUUUUCUUUAAUAUUAUAUCCACUUCAAUCUCGAGAUCAACUGCUCAAAAGAAGACUUUUAUAAGAGAGUGAGUCUUCAUCUAACUUCAUUUCAAAUCUAGUAAAUUAUGGAGUUGGAGAGAAGCACCAAAGCGUUCACCAAGAAGAAGAGUUCACAUCACUUGACCAAGAUCAUUACAUCCAUCCUUCUACUGCUGUUAAUUCUCAUACUUAUUCAAUCUCAAGCUUCCCCUUUCAACACUCCUUCCACAUCUGCUUCAUGGGCUUUCUUCAACAAAUGGAAAGGAUUAGCAUUUAAUACCACUGACGGUCUUGCUUUCGCCGAGAACUCCAAUAGCUUGAUCUCAAAGCUCCAAGACUCAGUCACCUUCUUCCCCCUUAAAGAUCUAAGGUUCGCCAAAAAUGCCAUGGAAGGGAACACUUGGUUUAUGAGCUCCUUAAAUGACACCCGUGGGGCAAAUGAAGCUGAGUACCUAUAUUUCCCUUCAGAAAUGUCCAAGGGAAGGCUUUUAUGCAUCAAGGGAAAUGACAUGAAGGAGGGCACCAGGAAUUCAUAUGCCUUGGCAUGGCCAGAAGCUCUUCCAGACACCGCCAAGCUCAUGGAAGGCUUGACCUUUGUGUCAGACACAUACUAUGAUUAUGUGAAUUUGUGGCAUGGAUUGUGUGCUAUGGCCCCAUUUGUUAGUUGGUCUAUAAAUAAUAAUUGCCCGAGGCCAACAAGGUGGGUACUAUUCCACUGGGGAGAGCUGAGGUCUAAGAUGGGAUCAUGGCUACAACACCUGAUGGAAGCUAACUUUGGAGCAGUUAAAAUAGAGGGACUUGAAGAAGGAGAUCGAAUUUACUGCUUCGAGAAAGCGGUUGUGAUGAGGCAUAAUGAGGGAAGUAUGGGGAAGGAAAAGAAGCUUCAGGUUUCUGAUCUGCUGAGAUGUAAAGCAAGGAGAUUUUGUGGGAUAUACCCAUCAGGUAAAGGAAAAGAGGUCAAUGAAAGAGGGGAACCAAUAAUAAAGCUAACAUUGCUCAUGAGGAGGGGUUCAAGAUCAUUCAAGAAUGCUACAGCAGUGAUUGAUAUAUUUGCAAGGGAGUGCGCAAAAGUGGAGGGCUGCACAUUGAGGGUGGCUGAGUCCGAGGAUCUAAAUUUCUGUGACCAGGUAAGAGUAAUGACCCACACCGACAUUGUUGCAUCCCCACACGGUGCUCAACUGACAAACAUGCUAUUCAUGGACAGAAACAGUAGCGUUAUGGAGUUCUUCCCUAAAGGAUGGUUAGAGCUUGCGGGCAUAGGUCAGUAUGCACAUCACUGGAUGGCAGACCAAUCUGGGAUGAACCACCAAGGUUCAUGGUGGGAACCAUUGGGCAAAAAGGAAUGCCCCUCUCCUCAACAGGAUCUUGAGUGCUUCAACUUCUACAAAGAUGGGAAGGUGGGUCACAAUGAAACCCAUUUUGCAGAGUGGGCAAGAAUUGUUCUCAACCAAGUAAAAGCCAGGAAAAUGGAAGAUGCCAUUAAGAGUUACAUUGACAAGCCACUGCCACACUCAACAGCCUGCGCAUGCUAGUAUAUUUGUUAAAUUUAUAAUUUUACAAGUUGUAUUAGUAAAAGCUUAAUUGCAUGGAAUAUAGCUUUGUUUAUACAUCAACCAGAAAUCAGGCUUGGUGAUAAUCUCUCUUUGUUACCCAAUAUCUAGGAUUUUAACUAUAUCAAAAACUAAUGUUAAAUAAAGAAGCUAAUGUGAAGAUUUUACAAAUGGGUCCUCCAUUUCAACUCCCAAAUCCGAAUCUACCCAUGGAAUGCCCAUUGA